GUGAGAUUUUGCUUUCGGCCUUGCUCCAACAUGCUUGCCAUCGUGGAGCCCAAACAGGAGGUUUUUGCAUUCCGUAGCCAUUUUGGCUCAGGUCGUUUUCUGUUCGCUUGCCUCUUGCCUGUUCGCGCAGGAGCGACAGCCCGCGUGUGCCCGCUGUGCCAUGUCGAGUCAGUCCGCGACGGAUUCUGGUCUGGUGAUCAUCGGCGGCGGGAUCGCCUUCCUGCACGCCGUGAAAGUCGCUGCGAAGAGCAAGCGCAGAGUGACCGCGGUGUGCUCCAACCCGUUCCUCGAGUGGCCGAUGACCGCCACCAUGUCCCUCACGCGGCCUGGGGAGCACGAAAAGUGGCUCUGCCAGAACCCAGUGGACUUCACCGUGAAGGGCGUGGAUUACAUCUUCGACGCCGUCACGAAGAUCUCGCCCGCCGACCGGACGAUCCAGUUCGCAAAGAGCCCUCAGAUCACCUACGGGGCCGUGGUCGUCGCCACUGGCAACAGGCUCCCGCUCCUGCUGCCAGUGCCCGGCGAGGGCCUGGAGGAGCGAAAGGUCUUGGUGCGGGAGGCCGUGGCGGCGAUCCAGGCGGCGAAGACGAUCGUGAUCAACGGGCCUGGCCUCGUGGGCAUGGAGAUGGCGGGAGACGCGAAGGUGGCCAACCCGGCGGCCCGCGUGGUGCUGCUGAGCCGAAGCGGAGAGCUGCUGGCGGGCUCCCACCCUGGAGAGUGGCAGCAGCGGGUGAAGGCGAAGGCGCAGGAGUUGGGCAUCGAGGUCGUGAAGGGCAGGGUGACCAGCGCUGGCGCCGAGGACUAUAGGCUUACGCCAUGCACGCUUGCUUUGGACGGCUCAACUCAGGACUCCCUGGAGUGCGACGUGUACAUCCCCGGCUACAUGCAGGGCCCCAACACGGCCUUUCUGGCGGAGGCCGCCGGGUUGCUGAACGAGAAGGGCCAGGUCGUCGUCAAUGAGUGCCUCCAGAGCGUGGCCCGGCCCGAGAUCUUCGCCGCGGGAGUGAGCACCGUCCCCUACAAGCACCCCAACUCCCAGGGGGCCGUCGACCACGCCGCCCACGCGGUGGCCGGUGCCCUCGCGGUCCUCGAGGGCAGGCCGCCGAGGCCCUUCAAGAAUGGCGGCCUCGAGCGCUCGGUGAACGUCGUGGUGGCCCACGGCGCGGGCGGCUACCUGUUCUGGGACCUGGAUGCGCUCCCGCCCCCGGUGAAGUGCUGCUGCUGCCUGUGCUGCGGGGGCGGUUUCCCCUUCUGCCCGCCGCCCUGCUGCUGGUGCUGCGGGCCGGGCUGCCCGACCCUGUGCGGCCGCUGCUGCGGCGGCUCGGGGCACAGCGAAGGGGCCGCCGCCUUCCACGAGCGCGUGCUGCUGAAGAAGUUCGCCGCGAUGCGCGGCUACGCCGGCAUGGGCGGAGCGCCCGCGCAGCAGCAGAUGAAGUGAGCCGCGCGGUGUGUGUGUGUGUGUGUGUGUGUGUGUGUGGAGCUUUUCCUGUGCAAAAGUGUGUGGAGUGGAGCUGGUGGAGAGUCCUAGAUAACACGGGGCUCGUCCCCCGCCCUGCUCGCAGGGGUGGCGGGUGGAGUGGAGUGCAGUGCGGGUCCCAGAGAACAAGGGGCUCGUGCGCCCCCUCCCCAUCUCCGCCCUGUCGCGUUUUUUUUGUUUUUUGUUUUUGAUUCCCCCCCUCUUUCCCCCUGGAGAGCUUCCUGCGCCCCGCGGGACUCCCGGCCGCCCGGGCGAGGAAAACCGCCUUGGGUGGAGGCCGCUCAGUGUGGCAGCCCAGGAGAGUUGCUGCCUCUGCCUCAUCCUCCCUCCUCCCUCCUUCGCUCCGCCUCCUCCACCUCCUCCGCCUCCUCCUGCCUGGCAGCUCGAAGGCGGCCGUCGCCCAGAUGGCAGUCGACUGGUCCCUUGCGAAGGCGGCACGCCCGCCUCGCUCCAGGACCUCCCGAGAGCAGAGCCUCUCGGGAGCGGAGCCCCUCGAAACGUGAGGGGCUCGCCACGGAGGGGGCGCUCGUCACGGCAAGGGACUACUACGGCCAGAAGCUUUGAUAGAAUUCGAACACUGCGAGCACACCCACUCGGAGAAGGGAAACAAAAAGAGGUUUUUGCAGUCUCCAUGUGUAAUAUGUGUGAAGAAAUCGGUGUCUUGUGCC